AUGUUUGAUUCUUAUCACUAUGAUCCAUAUCUACUGUCAAGUACAUGUCCAUAUUCUUGUGGACUUGUUCAAUUUGCUUUACGAAUAGGUGGAACAAUUGAUCCAGAAUUUUUAAGUCAAUGUCAAAUAAUGGAUCCAAAAUUUCAAAAAGCUGUCGAUGAAUUAAAACCAAUACCAUUGAAAUUCGAAACUCCAUCAGAUCAUUAUGAUUAUCAAGCAGAUAUUUAUCUUGAUAUGGAUGCGUCUAAUGCAACAAAUUUUUAUAAUUCAUGGGACUUUAACGAAUAUAAUUCAUGGUUAGGAAGUACCGAUCCAUGGCAUCUAAUGGAUAACGUUGAUAAUGAUAUUAUUAUUGAUUGUAUUUGA